UGCAAAGGGCAGGGUCAAUCACGUGUUUAAAUGUCCAAGGGUUGGCGCUGUCUGAAGUAUUCACGGCAGCAGCACAGGAGCUGGGAUUACAAAGGGUGAAAUACAGAAUACUGCAACAUGGCACUGAAAGUGUGUAUCGUUGGCUCUGGAAACUGGGGUUCAGCCAUUGCUAAGAUUGUAGGUGAUAAUGCUGCUCGACUCCCUCAGUUUGACAAUGCAGUGAAGAUGUGGGUAUUUGAAGAAUUAGUCUCAGGAAGGAAACUAACAGAGAUCAUAAAUUCAGAGCAUGAGAAUGUCAAGUACCUCCCAGGGCACAAACUACCAGCCAAUGUGGUGGCUGUGCCUGACUUGGUAGAUGCUUCCACUGGAGCAGACAUUUUGAUCUUUGUUGUUCCCCAUCAAUUUAUUGGGAAACUGUGUGAGCAGCUAAAGUCAACUGUGAAGAAAGGGGCAUUUGGUUUGUCACUAAUAAAGGGAGUAGAUGAAGGACCUGAUGGGCUACGUUUGAUUUCAGACAUCAUUCGGGAGAAGCUUGGCAUUGAAAUGAGUGUACUAAUGGGUGCAAACAUUGCCAAUGAAGUGGCUGAUGGGAAAUUCUGUGAGACCACAAUUGGCUGUAAAAACAAAGAGCAAGGAAAAAUCUUAAAGGAAUUGUUCCAAACACCAAAUUUCCGUAUCACUGUAGUAGAAGAAUCUGAUACAGUGGAGUUAUGUGGUGCACUGAAGAAUAUCGUUGCCGUUGGGGCCGGUUUCUGUGACGGCCUUGGUUUUGGUGAUAACACAAAAGCUGCCGUUAUACGUUUGGGGCUAAUGGAGAUGAUCGCCUUUGCCAAGCUGUUUUGCACCGGUCCUGUUACAUCUGCUACUUUUCUGGAAAGCUGCGGUGUUGCCGACCUGAUCACAACAUGUUAUGGUGGCAGGAACAGGAAAGUCGGGGAAGCCUUUGCCAAAACUGGAAAAUCUAUAGAACAGCUGGAGAAAGAGAUGCUGAAUGGCCAAAAAUUACAGGGACCACAAACCUCAGCUGAGCUAAAUCACAUCCUUAAGAGCAAGAACAUGGUGAAUAAGUUCCCUCUCUUCACCGCCGUUUACCAAAUUUGCUACGAAGGAAAACCCGUCACAGAAUUUAUAACAUGUCUGCAGAACCACCCCGAGCACAUAUAAAGAAGCGCCGGACUGCAGACUCUCUUCCUUUUACUGUGCCUUAUUUUAAGCAAUUUACGUUCAUGUGUGUCUGAAUAUGUAAAUGUUAUGUGCACACUUGUACACACUUUGUAUCAUCAAACUUAAGGCCUUGAGAAUCCAGAAAUUAGUGAUAUUUAUAGGGCUUUGUCUAGAACAGGCAGGGUGUGGAAUUAAUCGGUACACUUUGGCCUGUUUGGUUAUUUGCUUUGGAAAUUUCACAACAGGAUUCUGAUAAGCAUUAUUAUUGUAAUUAACGCAUGAGGAAUUUUGUCCUCAGGACAAAGAAUAUUGCAGCAUUCACCUUUACCCUGGUAAUAUAGAGACUUGCAGUUCUCUACUCUCGGUAAGAAAUGUAUGCUAAAGUGCAUAUAAAAGCUGUCAAUGGGACAAAUUCUUUUUGAGUUUCAAAAUAUGUUAUUGUGAACAUAAAGCUGUUAAAUUCUUAUGAACCGAGAAUAUUUCAUUUCUGAGGAGAAAAAUAAUUUGCAUGAGGUGCAUUAUCUCGUCUUUUAUGACCAGCACAUUAAACUUAUAAAGACAGUUAUUAUAUUACAACAAAAUUGAUCAAAUAUUUUUAUUAUAUUUUAUCCCCAACAGCGUAAAAACUGAAAUAAGUAUUAAGCUGGCAGCUGUGCAGCUUUAAACUAAAAAACAAAACAGGGAUUUGAGUUUUUAAUGUCAUAAUAUAAAGACUGCACUGUUAAAUCUGUUUUUGUCAUAUAGGUGUUAGGGAUAUUGUUAAGUGACAAAUGAAUACAAACCUGCAGGACACAGGUUGCAUUAGAUAAUUAUUACUGCGCCAGAAGACUAGCAGUGCUUAAAGGGACAUGUAGUCAGCUGUUUUCUUUGUUUCAUCUACAAAAUUGCAUAUGAAAAAGUAAUUAAAAGCUCUUACUUUUUUCCCUCCGUGUAUAAUAUUUGUAAAUGCUUCUCUUUUCUAUGCUUGAUAGAAAAUGUCUGAGUACAAUGUCCCUUUAAAUGCAAUAUAAACAUAUAUUGUCCGUGUUUAAAGUAAAUAAUAUCAGCCUUCUUAUAGUUUGACUCUUGGUCAAAAGCUACUUGAACAAACACGUUUUGCUUUCUCUGUCAUGUUUCACAGAGACUCAUGUUGUCAACAGCUAGAAAGUGCCAGGUUUCCAAUUCUCGUUACUGUGAAAAGUUCAGAGCAAAAGUAGAUGUUUUGUUUUUAAUCUGGUAAUAAAUGACUGUGUCUCCUCA